AGCAAAUUUAAUUAGUUCAUAUUUUUGGUUAAAUAUUUAUUACCAGUAUUUUUGUAACAGGUGUGAUUUACCUCAUUCGCAAAGACGGUGCUAAACUUUAAUUCACCUUGACUAUAAUUUAUUAUUUUUCUUCAAAUAAUCAAUACGAUUAAUACAAUUGUCUUCAUGGGCUUGUAUUCAGACAUUUUCCCAUAAUCUAGUAUAGCAUUAAUUAAUAUAUAUAAAUAAAAGAUUUGGGAUGGAAGCUUGAUGAAGCACUUGAAUUAAGCAGUUCUGGAAGGGGAGGAGCUUGCCCGUGAACCCAAGUCUCUACUGAGCUCGCAGUAGAAGGAAACGACCGUGCGCCAUACUGUUCGAAAAACCAAUAGUUAAGGAACUGUUGCCUUGGCCCAAAAUAUGCUCCAGCAAUGUCAUUCUCCGAAAAAUUCUCUGCAGUGAUUGUCACACUGUCUGAAGGGAAAUCUUUCGAUAGCCCGUGUCUAAAGGAUCCUUUGCGUUGGGGCGAACGGAGGCUUACGUCCUAACCUGGACUGCCAAAUCCAAAAUAGCGGGACCACCCCAGCGUAUUCAAACGCGCUCCAGACAAUAAAACAGAUUCAGAAAUUCCCCGGUAAGCCAUGGCUCUGCCGCGUCACCAGUUUCUCCAUGGAGCUGUGAACUGGGAUGGAGCGCACUUGAGUCCUGUCCAGAUUUCUCAUGUCAGCGCGAGCACCAUCAGCGCUUCAGGUCGAAAAGAGGACCCCUUCUAUUUUUCUCUGGACCCAACAGGGCAAACCAGACAGUCUCUGGACAUCUCCGCCUUCAGCAGAUUCAUGACGGAUAUGGGCUCUCUGAACGGCACUGACAACCAUCGUCCAGAACCAAAUUUUUACUCCGGACACAAACUCUUAUCUCUCAAUACCGACACGGAUCCAGAGAGUCCGUCGCACUCUUCCCACUCAGACUCCCAACAGUUGCACAGUCUGUCUUUCUCCGCGCCUUCCAGUUCAGAAACUGACAAUAAGCCUUUUACGCAUUAUUUAACGAUGGAAAGCACUAAAUCCCCAAGCCAGUGGAGUGAAAGCAGAACCAAAGGGAGCAUCAUCACCACACUGAGCAUCAGUCAGAGAAGUAGAGACGACACAGAGCCAAAUAAUCUCCAGACAGACUUUCCCGGGAGCGAUAAAACUCACAGAAAGGGAACGCAAGACGUGACUUUAGAAAACGCUGCAAAUGGCUGGCUGUCGGCGAAAGCAGGGAGGAAGAAGCGAUGUCCUUACAGCAAACACCAAAUCUUAGAGCUGGAAAAGGAAUUCCUAUUCAACAUGUACCUGACUCGCGAGCGCCGCCUGGAGAUCAGCCGGAGCAUACAUCUCACCGACCGCCAGGUUAAGAUUUGGUUUCAGAACCGCAGGAUGAAACUGAAAAAAAUGACACUAGAGCUCCAGACAAGGGACCCUGGCACAAGUUUCACUGUCUAGUUUGUUAUGUAAGACGGUUAAAAAAUACCGAACUCAACGAACAAAUCACUGCGGCUAUCAUCCGGAGCACGUGGAUUGACGCAACUGCUGCUUCUGAUGGAUUAACGGGAGGAAACGAUCAGUCAAAUCUUACUACGGUGUUUCACAAUAUGUGUUCUAUAAGACAAAUGUCAGGGAGAUUAAUUUAAAACCUUGCAUGAGGAUGAACAGAAAAGUGUAACGAAAUAAGAGGAUACGUUUUUGGCUAUUCGACAUAAGCUUGUCAUAUUCACACAAGGCCCAAGGACAAUGUUUAUUGAUGUAGUUUAAGUUCUGGUCAAAUUUUCAGCGCAUUAAUAGCCUAUUUAGCAAUUGUCGAUAUUUGAACUAUGUUUUCCCAUUAGCCUAUGAAAACGAUUUUUGUAACAGGUUAUUAUUAUUAUUGUAACUAGGCUAUGUUAUCUUACUAGGCCUAUGUGCGGAAACUCUCGAGUAAAACAAAAAUCAAAAAGGGAAUCCAUUAUCAGAGGAGCAGUUACAUAAAGCACAGGUACUGUUUUUUUUGUUUUUAAUAUUGUUUCUUGUGUUGUCGUUAUAUAAGCUGUAGUGGAAAGGCACAGUUUCUUCUUCUUCUGCUGAAGUAUGGUUGAAUUUAUAGAUUAAACUGUGAUUUUUAA